AUGUCUAAUUCAAGGCUAUCAGAGCUGCUGGACAUUGUCAAGCAGGAGUUUGAUAGCAUUUCCUCAAAUGGUGUUAUGAUUAAAGAGCAGAGAGAUGAAUUUGAGAAUAAGUUAUCCGCUCAAAUAAACGAAAUCAACACACUCAAACAAUCAUUUCUUGACUUGAAAAACUUACACACGGAUAUCGUGAAUAGCUAUCAAGAGGAGAUUAGUAGACUUAGACUUGAAUUGGAUAAUCGACAAUCAAACUCGAAUAACUCAACUAGACCUCCAACUCCAAACAAAUCAAAUCAACUUCCCCCACCUUCUUUGUUCUCUAAUCAGCAGAAACCCUUUCAACAGCGAGAAUUUCAGCGUGAGCAGCAGCCACAGCAGCAACCGCAGCAACUUCAACAACCGCAGCAACCCCAACAACCCCAACAGCACCCUCAACACUCUUCUCAAUCUCCACUCCCUAUAAACACUCAAUUACACUCGAUCAAACGAUCUCAAUCACCUUAUCCAAGUCAUUCUGUCCAACAACAACAACAACAGCAUUCACAGCAACAACCACAACCACUACAUCACCUACCUCCCCCCGAUCACCCCCCACAACCCCCACAAAACUCUCUUAAACCCAUAAACCACUCAAUCCAAACUGACUUCACUGACGUCGACUCAUUCCCAAACGAAUUUAGAAAAGACGGUAGCGAUUGGUUAGCCAUCUACAACCCUCAACUUAAGCGUAAUAUGGACGUUUCCUUGAUACACAACCUCGUACACGAAUCUGUCGUUUGCUGCGUUAGAUUCUCUACAGAUGGUCAAUUUUUAGCCACUGGUUGCAACAAGACUGCUCAAAUUUACGACACUAAAACUGGUGCCAAAGUUUCUGUUCUUGUCGAUGAUAACGUCCCCAUCAAAGGCGAUUUAUACAUUCGCUCCGUCUGUUUCUCUCCAGACUCUAAAUUCCUUGCAACUGGCGCUGAAGAUAAACAAAUUAGAGUCUGGGAUAUUCAAAAGAAAAAGAUUAAAUCCCUUUUCACUGGUCACAACCAGGAAAUUUACUCCCUAGACUUCUCCAGCGAUGGUAAAUUUAUUGCUUCUGGUUCUGGCGAUAAAACUGCGAGAUUGUGGGAUGUUGAGUCUAAUACUUGCUUACACACAUUUGAUAUUCAAGAUAUUAUUAUGUGUGACACUGGUCCUAUUGAUUCUGGUGUCACCUCUGUUGCUAUUUCCCCCGACAACCGCAUGGUUGCUGCUGGGAGCUUAGACACCAAGGUUCGUGUUUGGGAUGUCAAGACGGGCAACCAGUUGGAGAGACUGACAGGACAUAAAGACUCUGUCUAUUCUGUCGCCUUCUCUCCUGAUGGCAAGUCAUUAAUCUCCGGCUCGUUGGAUCGUACUUUGAAGAUAUGGGAUUUAAGUGGGACCACCUCCGCAAUCAAUGGCGGAAAUCCACCACCAGUGAAAAAUGAAAUCAACGGUGAAAAGACUGGUUAUGCAGUCUGUAUAAACACACUCGUCGGUCACAAAGACUACGUUUUGUCUGUAGCUGUGUCGCCCGACGGUAAAUAUAUAGUAUCUGGAUCCAAAGAUCGCGGUGUACAAUUUUGGGAUCCUAAUACAGCUCAGACUCAACUAAUGCUCCAGGGUCACAAAAACUCUGUCAUCUCUAUUGACCUUUCAGCACGCGGUCAGUUGUUAGCUACAGGUAGUGGCGAUUAUCAUGCCAGGAUCUGGAGUUGUACACCUGAACAAUCUUGA